AUGUGGGCGAGCACCGCAGGCCUCACGGGCCAGAGGCUGCGCACAGCCAUCACCAUCACGUCCGUCAUGGGCUUCUCUCUCUUCGGCUACGAUCAGGGCCUCAUGUCGGGCCUCAUCUCAGGCCAGGAGUUCAACUCAGAGUUCCCGGCAACCGCCAUCCCCGACGGCUCCAGCCCUUCCUACCAGCAACAUGUCUCUGUUAUUCGUGGCGCCGUCACUGCCUGCUACGAAAUCGGAUGCUUCUUCGGUGCCAUCUUUACUCUCGCGGUCGGUGAGAAGAUCGGCCGUACUCGUCUUUGCCUGGCUGGCGGUAUCAUUCUCAUUGUCGGCGCCAUCAUCUCCACGGCUUGCUUCAAGGGCAACUGGGCGAUGGGACAGUUCAUCGUGGGACGAGUCAUUUCUGGAAUCGGUAAUGGCAUGAACACCGCGACGAUCCCCGUUUGGCAGUCGGAGACUUCCCAGGCAAAGAACCGAGGACUGCUGGUCUGCUUGGAGGGCGCGGUCAUCGCUGUUGGAACCUUUGUCGCCUACUGGAUCGAUUUCGGCCUCAGCUACGUCGACAGCUCCGUCCAAUGGAGGUUCCCUGUGGCCUUUCAGAUCGUCUUUGCCGUCAUCAUGUGCAUUGGCAUGUCCGUCUUGCCUGAAUCUCCACGCUGGCUCGUCAAGAAAGGCUACGAGGUCGAAGCGUGCAAGGUCCUUGCCGCUCUCCACGACACCAACGAGGAUGAUGAGCGUGUGCUCACCGAUCUCAACCUCAUCAAAGCCGAUGUCAAGUCUUCUGGCAACAGCAAUGGUUUCAGCUAUCUCUUCACCACUGGCAAGACGCAAGAGUUCCAGCGUAUGCUCAUUGGAUCGAGCACGCAGUUUUUCCAGCAAUUCACGGGUUGCAAUGCCGCAAUCUACUACAGCACGCUGCUCUUCGAACAAACGAUUGGCCUGGGGCAUCGCCUCUCCCUCGUUUUGGGAGGCGUGUUUGCUACUGUCUACGCUCUCUUCACUAUUCCGUCCUUCUUCAUGAUUGAGAAGGUCGGUCGUCGCAAGCUCUUCCUCGUCGGCUUUCUGGGUCAAGGAUUGUCCUUCAUCAUCACCAUGGCAUGUCUGAUCGAUCCGACCACGGAAAAUGCCAAGGGUGCGGCGGUCGGCAUCUACCUCUUCAUUGCCUUCUUCGCCUUCACUAUCCUCCCAUUGCCUUGGAUCUACCCUCCAGAGAUCAACCCUCUGCGCACCCGUACUGCCGCCGCUGCUGCCUCAACCUGCACCAACUGGAUCUGCAACUUCGCCGUCGUCAUGUUCACGCCGGUGUUCGCCGAUGCCAGCCCGUGGGGCAUGUACCUCUUCUUUGCCCUUGUCAACAUGCUGGCUAUUCCCGUUGCUUGGUUCUUCUACCCAGAAACCGCCGGCAGACAUCUUGAGGAGAUCGACCUGAUCUUCGCCAAAGCGCAUGCCGAGAAGAAGUGGGCCUUCACUGUUGCCAAUGAGAUGCCCCGACUUGAUUACCAGGAGAUGAAGACCAUGGCCCACACGCUCGGUAUCCGUGAGGUUGGAGAGGAUUACGUCGAGGAGGGUGACGCUGAAGGCUACAAUGAGAAGGGCGGCUCGUCUGACGAUGAGAAGGUCGCUGCUUGA